AUGAAUUGCACUGAACUCUUCAUCGGAAUUUCCGCCGUGCGUACGGAUCGCGGUUGUGAUGUCGCUAUAGCGAUUCGCGAUGCAGUAUAUCUCAUAGAUAUUAUCACCUGGUCGAGUGCCGGAGGCAACGCGGAUGCGAUUGUCGGCGAGAUUAUCGGGACCCUGCGUAUGUACAACCAGAAACAUAACACCAAGAUUCUUGGCGCUGGAAUCCCUCUGCUCGUUUCUCAAAACCAUCUUCUUCUCAGCUCACGUCUGUGGCGCGAACUCGACAUUGUGCCAUUCGUGAUUCCUCGUCGUUCCGACAGGUGGAGCAGCAAGAACAAUGACGAACAGGCCGAGUCCAUGGCUCGAAAAUGCAUCACAUACUUUGGCCCUUCGGCCACCCCGGCGCUGCAGGUAGGCUGGCACGGCGAGGUGGACGUCACCGCUGGGGGACGCAUCUGUCUCAGCGCCCUCGAAGAUUACCGCAAGAUUUGCUCCGAGAUGUCCUGGGAGACUCUGAAAUUCUACGCGGACAAGCUGAAAGUCAACGGUACCAAGGUGGCAUUCUUCAGCGCCACACCGCAAGGGGGAGGCGUUGCCCUCAUGAGGCACGCACUCAUUCGCCUCGCAGCCCUGGUUGGCCUGGAUGUCAAGUGGUAUGUCCCCAAGCCCCGAGCAAAUGUCUUUCGCAUCACCAAGAAUAUGCACAACGUCUUGCAAGGUGUGGCUGCGCCGGACCAGCACAUCCCUCCUGAGGAUCUGGCUGCCGUGAUCCAAUGGGACAGGGACAAUGCGAAGUUGUACUGGUCCGAUGAAGGAGGCCCUCUGCAAUCUCCGGAGGAUGGCGGUGCCGAUGUAAUUAUCGUUGAUGACCCUCAAAUGAUUGCUCUAGUCCCUAUUGCCAAGAAGGCAUGCAAGGAACGUCCCGUGCUUUUCCGCUUGCACAUUCAGGUCAGAAGCGAUCUCGUUGCUACGCCCGGGACUCCUCAGGCGGGGGUCUGGGACUUCAUCUGGAGUCACAUCCGAGAGGCAGAUGCGUUUAUUACCCACCCGAUCUCGACAUUUGCGCCGCAGGAUGUCCCGCGAGAGAAACUGUUCUACCUGCCUGCAACGAGUGAUUGGCUCGACGGAUUGAACAAGGGCUUGAGUGACUGGGAUACUCGUUACUACAUGCACAAGUAUAAUACCCAGUGCUAUGCACAAGGCAUGGCAGGUCUGGACUGGCCUCUUGAUAAUCGCAAAUACGUGAUCCAAGUAGCCCGCUUCGACCCUUCGAAAGGGAUCCCGAUAGUUAUUGACGCGUAUGCCGAGUCCCGCCGGUUGUUCACCGACAAGCGAUCGAAGCCGCCGCAGCUCGUGCUCUGCGGAAAUGGAUCGAUUGACGACCCCGAUGGCACGACCGUCUACAGCGAGGCCGUGCACAAGAUCAAGACGGAGUACCCGAGCCUCGAGGGGGACAUUAGCGUCAUGCGCCUCGCGGCCGGUGACCAGCUCCUCAACGUGCUCCUGGCCAACGCCCACGUGGUCCUGCAACUAUCGACGGUGGAGGGCUUCGAGGUGAAGGUGACGGAGGCGCUCCAUGCCGGGCGCCCCGUCAUCGGAUCCCGCGUCGGCGGGAUACCGCUGCAGAUCGAGCAUGGGCUGAACGGAUACCUCGUCGAGCCUGGUGACUGGAAGACGGCCGGGGCGCGUCUCGCGGCGCUCUUGGCGGAUGACAAGCUUCACGCUGAAAUGGGCGCCGCGGCCAGGGCUAACAUCAGUGACGAGGUGAGCACUGUUGGGAAUGCGAUUGCCUGGUGCUUUCUGGCAAGCGGCUUCACAAGCGGCCAGCAGCAUGGCAAUGGACAAUGGGUGAGCGACCUUGCGAGAGAGGCGGCUGGCAAGCCUUAUGAAAAGGGUGAGAAUCGUUUGCCUCGUAGCCUGGCCGCCUAG